AUGCCGUCGGCCGAUUCCAAAAUCAUCAUUGUUGGCGCUGGUGUAUUCGGUUUAAGCACCGCGUUGUGGCUUGCCCGGGAUGGUUACAAGGAUAUUACUGUUUUUGAUCGAUGUGCUUUUGACACCAAUUAUUACAACCCUGCCAACGGUUGUGACGGAGCAUCUUCUGAUAUAAACAAGAUAUUCCGAAUGGCCUAUGGAGAUAAGCUCAACUAUCAGUCACUUGCCAUCGAGGCUAGAGACAUGUGGCUUGCUUGGGACAAGACCAUCAAAGAAGUCAACCCGGCAUCACUCCCCCAAGGCCUCACUCCCGAGGAUAAGCUAUUCUAUGUUUGUGGAUGCUAUUUCAUGGGAGAAGGCCUCACGUUGGAAGGUGAAAACAAAGACAGUCUUGACACAAUGACCAAGACAGCUCCUGACUUCCGGAAGAUGCUAUUCGUCAAAAACGACGCGGAAGAUGAAGAGCGUCUCGGGAGAAUAAGCCCAAAAUGGGUCGAGAAAUACCACUUGCUCGACAGGAUCAACAAUGGCGAAACAAAUGGCUUCCUGGACAUCAAUGCAGGCAUUAACAUCUCCGACAAGGCCUGUGUCUACGCUCGAUAUCUCUGUGUUCAAGCUGGCGUCAAGUUUGUUCUGGGGGAGCCUCAGGGCCAGUUCAAGACCCUGAUCAUCGAAUCUAAUGGCACGCAAAAGAGAGUCGCAGGCAUCAAAACCUGCGAUGGAAAGAGGCACUUUGGCGAUCUUGUCAUAGUGGCUGCCGGUGGCUGGACUGCAUCCAUCGUCCCCGAAGCCCACAACAUUGUCGAGGCCACCGCAGGGACGGUCAUGUUCAUCGACAUUCCCAAGCAUAGGCAAGACUUGUGGAAAAGGUUCCACUCCGACAACUAUCCCGCCUGGUGCUACUGGACUAGGGAAGGCGAGGACUUCUUCGACGGUGGUGGCUUCCCUAUCUCCAAAGAAGGUCGUUUGAAAUUCAUCUUCCGUGGUCGCAAGUUUACUAAUUUCCAAGACCAUGUAACCGAGCCCAACUUGCGCGUUUCCAUUCCGCGGACCAAGUACAGCAAGGAUCCAAUCAACACAGUUCCUCUUUACGGCCUCUCAAAACUAAAGGAGAUCGUCUGUCAAGCGUUCCCAGAGUUGGCGGAGCUUGGAUUCACGGAUUCUAGACUUUGCUGGUACCCCGAUUCCAUCGAUGAGGACUUCGUCGUCGAUUAUGUUCCCGGAUACUCCGACUCGUUGUUCGUCUGCAGCGGAGGCUGUGGCCACGCCUUCAAGUUCCUGCCCAUUCUCGGCCGGCACGUGAAGAACCAAAUCGAGCGGAUCCCCGAUCAGUUUACGCCUGUGUGGAAGUGGCGGGCUGCUGAAGAGGGCAAGCCGAACAAUGGACUGUCUGAAGGCGAGACAGGCCCCAGAGAAAUGUCCAAGCUCGAGAUGGCGGGUCGUGAGUUUCCUUCCCCUAUCACUACUAAUACUAGAUUACGCACAUUGUGCUAA